UCACUACACGAGAAUAUGGAAUUCAUCACACAAGAAUUCCAACACAGAGGGCCCCUCUCCUCUUCAUUCCCCCCAUCCCACGUGUCGCUGAAGGGUGAAGAAAAGGAGACCCGGCGAAGAUUCGCAGAGCGACACACCGACGCAGGGAGAGGCGCCGGCAAUCUCGGAGUCCUGCAGAGGGCGCCCACCGGCCCGGCUCCCCGGACCCGCCCCUCCCGGGAGGCUCAGCCGCCGCCCGCGCGUGUUUUCGAACAGACACAAGCCCGGCUCCGCCCCCUUCCUGAGGGCACCGCCCCCGGAGGCCUCCUAGCCCGCUGCGGGAAGGUUCCCGCAGGGAGAGCCGGCUCCCCCAGCCCCUUCCUCCUCUGGCUUCCCAGCUGCCGACCCUCACUCCCCAGCCAACGCGACUGCAGGCUCCCGGCGACGGGCCGGGCCCGCCCUCCUCCUCGCCCGGAUCCUUCACAGUCCGCGUCUCCGCCGCCCCGCCCCGGAAGUGACGACAGCCGCCCGGCCUGCUGGUGUCCCGUCGGGCCUUGCGGCGGCGGCGGGAAGAUGGCGGCGGCGGGAGCCAUAGAACGGAGCUUCGUGGAGCUGAGCGGAGCUGAGCGCGAAAGGCCGAGACACUUUCGAGAAUUCACCGUUUGCGGCGUUGGGACUGCAAAUGCAUUGGCCGGCGCAGUCAAAUACAGUGAGAGCGCGGGAGGCUUCUACUAUGUGGAAAGCGGCAAGCUGUUCUCCGUCACCAGAAACAGGUUCAUUCAUUGGAAGACCUCCGGAGAUACAUUGGAGCUGGUGGAAGAGUCAUUGGACCUAAACCUGUUGAAUAAUGCAGUUCGCCUCAAAUUCCAAAAUUGCAGCCUCUUACCCGGAGGGGUUCAUGUCUCUGAGACUCAGAAUCACGUGAUAAUCUUGAUACUAACCAAUCACACAGUGCACAGGCUACUCUUACCACACCCUUCCCGGAUGUAUAGGAGUGAGUUGGUAGUUGAAAGUCAGAUGCAAUCAAUAUUCACUGAUGUUGGAAAAGUUGAUUUCAGGGAUCCUUGCAACUAUCAGUUAAUUCCAGCAGUACCUGGACUCUCCCCGAAUUCUACCAGCUCGGCAGCCUGGCUUAGCCAUGAUGGGGAGGCCCUGUUUGCUCUGCCAUCUGCUUCGGGAGGAAUCUUUGUUCUUAAACUACCUCCUUACGACAUACCUGGGAUGGUGUCAGUUGUGGAACUGAAGCAGAGUUCAGUAAUGCAGCGAUUGCUUAUAGGCUGGAUGCCGACAGCUAUCAGAGGCGAUCAGGGGCCUUCAGAUCGUCCCCUCAGUCUUGCUGUUCAUUGUGUUGAGCACGACGCCUUCGUCUUUGCUCUGUGCCAGGACCAUAAACUACGAAUGUGGUCUUAUAAGGACCAGAUGUGCCUGAUGGUGGCUGACAUUUUGGAGUACGUCCCUGUGAAUAAAGACCUCCGGCUCACUGCUGGGACUGGACACAAGUUACGACUUGCUUAUUCCCCUUCCAUGGGACUCUACCUAGGGGUGUACAUGCAUGCGCCAAAACGAAGCCAGUUCUGCGUUUUCCAGCUGGUGAGCACUGAGAAUAACCGCUAUAGUCUAGAUCACAUUUCCUCGCUCUUCACUUCUCAGGAGACACUGAUUGACUUUGCCUUAACCUCUACGGAUAUCUGGGCCCUGUGGCACGAUGCUGAGGACCAAACGGUUGUGAAGUACAUCAACUUUGAACAUAAUAUUGCCGGUCAGUGGAAUCCAGUUUUCAUGCAGCCUCUGCCAGAGGCAGAGAUCAUUAUCAGAGAUGAUCAAGACCCCAGAGAGAUGUAUUUACGGAGUCUGUUUACACCAGGACGGUUCAUAAAUGCAGCUUUAUGUAAAGCUUUACAGAUUUUCUGUCGAGGAACUGAGAGGAAUUUAGAUCUUUCCUGGAGUGAACUAAAGAAAGAAAUUACUUUAGCUGUUGAAAGUGAGCUCCAGGGAAGUGUAACAGAGUAUGAAUUUUCCCAGGAAGAAUUUCGAAAUUUACAACAGGAAUUCUGGUGCAAGUUCUAUGCGUGUUGUCUUCAGUAUCAGGAAGCACUCUCUCAUCCUCUUGCCCUGCAUUUGAAUCCGCACACAAACAUGGUGUGCCUGCUGAGAAAAGGGUACCUGUCUUUCCUUGCGCCUUCCUCCUUAGUGGAUCAUUUGUAUCUCCUGCCUGAUGAGAACCUUUUGACAGAGGAUGAGACAACCAUAUCUGAUGAUGUGGAUGUUGCUCGAGAUGUCAUAUGUCUUAUAAAAUGCCUUCGGCUGAUUGGAGAGUCAGUGACUAUGGAUAUGUCAGUAAUGAUGGAAAUGAGUUGUUACAACCUCCAGUCUCCAGAAAAGACUGCAGAACAGAUUCUGGAAGAUUUGAUCACUAUUGAUGUAGAAAAUGUGAUGGAGGAUAUUUGUAGUAAACUGCAAGAGAUUAGGAACCCAAUCCACGCCAUUGGACUUCUUAUACGGGAAAUGGAUUAUGAAACAGAAGUGGAAAUGGAAAAGGGAUUCAAUCCAGCUCAGCCUUUGAAUAUCCGGAUGAAUCUUUCCCAGCUCUACGGUAGUAGCACAGCAGGGUCUAUUGUGUGCAGAGCUGUGUGUAAAAUUGCCAGUACUCGCUUCCUCAUCUGCCGAGACCUUCUGAUCUUACAGCAGCUGUUAAUGAGACUAGGAGACGCAGUGAUUUUGGGAGCUGGUCAGCUCUUUCAAGCUCAGCAAGACCUACUACAUCGAACAGCUCCCCUGCUCUUAUCUUAUUACCUCAUUAAGUGGGGAAGUCAGUGCUUGGCAACUGAUGUUCCAAUUGACACGCUGGAAUCUAAUCUCCAACACUUGUCGGUAUUGGAACUAACUGACUCCGGUGCUUUAAUGGCAAAUAAGUUUGUAUCUAGCCCUCAGACAAUUGUGGAAUUAUUCUUCCAUGAAGUUGCAAGAAAACACAUUAUAUCUCAUCUCUUCUCUCAACCAAAGGCACCUCUUAGCCAAACUGGGUUGAAUUGGCCUGAGAUGAUUACUGCAAUUACCAAUUAUUUAUUGCAGCUUUUAUGGCCUAGCAAUCCCGGUUGUCUCUUUCUAGAAUGUUUGAUGGGAAAUUGUCAGUAUGUACAAUUGCAGGAUUAUAUUCAACUGCUACAUCCCUGGUGUCAAGUCAACGUUGGUUCCUGUCGAUUUAUGCUGGGACGGUGUUACCUGGUCACAGGAGAGGGCCAGAAGGCUCUGGAGUGCUUCUGCCAGGCAGCCUCUGAAGUGGGCAAAGAGGAAUUCUUGGAUCGCUUGAUUCGCUCAGAGGAUGGGGAGAUCGUGUCCACGCCCAGGCUGCAGUAUUAUGAUAAGAUUUUGCGCCUACUAGAUGUUGUUGGUUUGCCUGAGCUGGUUAUUCAGCUGGCGACGUCAGCCAUAACUGAAGCAGGUGAUGACUGGAAAAGUCAGGCUACUUUAAGAACAUGCAUUUUCAAACAUCAUUUGGAUUUGGGUCACAAUAGUCAAGCGUAUGAAGCCUUAACCCAAAUUCCUGAUUCCAGCAGGCAGUUAGAUUGUUUACGGCAGCUGGUGGUAGUUCUUUGCGAACGCUCGCAGCUCCAGGAUCUUGUAGAGUUUCCCUAUGUGAAUCUGCACAAUGAGGUUGUGGGAAUAAUUGAAUCACGUGCGAGGGCUGUGGACCUUAUGACUCACAAUUACUAUGAGCUUCUGUAUGCCUUUCACAUCUAUCGCCACAAUUACCGAAAAGCUGGCACAGUGAUGUUUGAGUACGGAAUGCGUCUUGGCAGAGAGGUUCGAACUCUCCGGGGACUUGAGAAGCAAGGCAACUGUUAUCUGGCUGCUAUUAAUUGUUUACGACUUAUUCGUCCAGAAUAUGCAUGGAUUGUGCAGCCAGCAUCUGGUGCAGUGUAUGAUCGCCCUGGAGCAUCCCCUAAGAGGAACCAUGACGGAGAAUGCACAGCUGCUCCAACAAAUAGGCAAAUUGAAAUCCUGGAACUGGAAGAUCUGGAGAAAGAGUGUUCCCUGGCCCGCAUUCGCCUCACUUUGGCUCAGCACGAUCCGUCAGCGGUUGCAGUUGCAGGAAGUUCGUCAGCAGAGGAGAUGGUCACUCUCUUGGUUCAAGCUGGCCUUUUUGACACUGCCAUAUCGCUCUGCCAGACUUUUAAGCUUCCCUUAACGCCAGUCUUUGAGGGCCUUGCUUUCAAGUGCAUCAAGCUGCAGUUGGGAGGGGAGGCAGCACAAGCGGAAGCCUGGGCCUGGCUGGCAGCCAAUCAGCUGUCGUCAGUCAUCACCACCAAGGAGUCCAGUGCUACAGAUGAAGCAUGGCGACUGUUAUCAACUUACCUGGAAAGGUACAAAGUCCAGAAUAAUUUAUAUCACCACUGUGUAAUCAACAAGCUCUUGUCUCAUGGAGUGCCUCUGCCUAAUUGGCUUAUAAACAGUUACAAGAAGGUCGAUGCUGCUGAGUUGCUCCGUCUCUACUUGAACUAUGACCUUUUAGAAGAAGCUGUAGAUUUGGUUUCGGAAUACGUGGAUGCGGUGUUGGGGAAAGGACAUCAGUACUUCGGAAUUGAGUUUCCACUGUCUGCAACGGCCCCAAUGGUGUGGCUCCCGUACUCUUCCAUUGAUCAGCUGCUCCACGCUCUUGGAGAGAACAGUGCCAACAGUCACAACAUUGCACUGUCCCAGAAAAUACUUGACAAACUGGAUGACUACCAGCAAAAAGUUGAUAAGGCAACACGAGAUUUAUUAUAUCGUCGGAACCUGUGAUCCAGACGGUUGCCUAGCCUUUGUAACCGCGUGGUGCCUCUUGGGGCUUAGGACUUUACCCUGCAGGAACCCUGUCCUCCGGGCCGAUUUUGAUACCUGUGAGCGAUGUGUAUAACAUUCAAGUCUGCAUUCUGCACGAGAGAGGAGGGCGACAGGCCACAGGACCUGUGCUUGCUGGCGGUGCUAACCCACAAUUUCUGAUUUUCAACCUUGGUCUCAAACAGCUGCUUUUGUAUAUGAUUCACAAGCUUUUUUAGAGUUUAUAUUUUUUUAAACUACCGAAGACAUUCUUUAUCUGCAAAUUAAAACCCACCUUCACUGUCCAAAAUAGCUGAUGGUCGUUGGCUUGUUGUAGCUGACCACCAAAAGCAGUUACUGCAAGUCCUUUCAUUCUGUCCUGUCACUUUUUGUAUUACAAUGGAAUUAUUUUGUUCCAGAACUGACAUGUAUUUUCUGUAUUGCAAACAGAGGCUAAUGAUUUUGUGUACUCUUUUCAUUAUUUAUUGUGGAGUUUUUGUAUGGCCUUCAAUAAAGUAUUAAGUAAUUUGCUUAGAUUAAGCCUAAAAUGAUGACCAGCUGUCAAAGAAGGUAUUUUAUUUUGAAUCUGAUUCUGAGGCUAAAGUUGAGUAAACUCUUAGCUAAGAAAAUAUUGGAAAUCCAUCAGCUACAAAAGUAACAGAUUUUCAAAGUAAAUUCCGUUAACUUUAUGAUUUAUGAUAAUCAAGCUGGACUUGAUCCUACAGUUAGUCUAAUAAUGUAUGGGACCAAAAUAUAAACUUUCCUGAUCAGAUUCAGAGCAUUGAUUCCGCACAAAUUUGGGGGAAGGUGAAAAAUAAAAUCUUGGAUUUUAUUCUGUAUAUUAAAAUUUAUCUUUGAAGGAAACAAUCUGUAUAUUACUUGCUUGUAUGCUCUUUGACCUUUCUUGAGUUUUUCAUAAGCCUUUAAUUUUUAUACUAUCAAUACCAUAUUUACAUUAUAUAUUUUAAAUAUAACGAUGUGAGUUUC